UUUAUAAAGGGUGGACAGUGGGUCCGUCCCUCCUCAGCAGUGAUGGGGUUAAGAGGCUGGGCCAGCAGCCUUUUGUCUGCCCCUCCCCAUGGAUUAAGAGCUCUUCUAUAAAGGAAGCUGUCCAGUGGGGCCAGGCCAGGGGGGUAGCAGGGACCCAGGAAUUGUAUCUCCCCUGUUCCCCCCAUUCCCCCCUUGCAAUGUGGGAACUUCGCUCAGCCUCCUUCUGGAGGGCCAUUUUUGCCGAAUUUUUCGCCACCCUCUUUUAUGUCUUCUUUGGGCUGGGAGCCUCCCUACGCUGGACCCCCGGCCCUAUACACGUCCUACAGGUGGCUGUGGCCUUUGGACUGGCCCUGGCCACGUUGGUGCAGGCAGUAGGCCAUGUCAGCGGAGCCCAUGUCAACCCAGCCGUCACCUUCGCUUUCCUCGUGGGCUCCCAGAUGUCCCUACUCCGGGCCCUCUGCUACAUUGUAGCCCAGUUGCUGGGGGCUGUGGCUGGGGCUGCUGUGCUGUACAGUGUCACCCCCGCAGCUGUCCGUGGGAACCUGGCGCUCAACACGCUACACCCUGGGGUGAGUGUGGGUCAGGCCACUAUCGUGGAGAUCUUCCUGACCCUUCAGUUUGUGCUCUGCAUCUUUGCCACGUUUGAUGAGAGGAGGAAUGGACGCUUGGGUUCUGUGGCAUUAGCUAUUGGUGUCUCUCUCACCUUGGGGCACCUGUUUGGGAUGUAUUAUACAGGUGCAGGCAUGAACCCUGCUCGAUCCUUUGCUCCUGCUAUCCUCACCAGGAACUUCAGCAACCACUGGGUGUACUGGGUAGGACCGAUCAUCGGGGGAUCUCUAGGUGGCCUCCUCUAUGACUUCCUCCUCUUUCCCCGGAUCAAGAGUGUGUCAGAGAGACUAACUAUCCUCAAGGGUAUCAGGCCCAAUGACUCUGAUGGGCAACCAGAGGUCACUGGGGAGCCUGUUGAGCUAAAGACCCAAGCCCUAUAGGGGCCUCGAUAGGACUGGGACUGAAGUGGACAAAGGCUGUUUUGUUUUGGUGGCAGGGGGAAAGCCAGUCCCCAGGGGGAUGGGGGGCAUGUACCUCUUUAUUUUUUUAUUUAUUUGUGGGGGCAAGGUGUUUGU